UAUCUUUAAUUAAAAAGAGUUCCUUACACGAUGUUAUGAAAAAAAUAGAUUUCCACUAAGAAACCAGAUAAACAUUGAUAUAUUUUCCGAGAAAUAAGUCUUUAAGGCAACAUUCAACCAAAACUCAACGUCCAACACCUUAUCAUACAUUCCAUUGACUGAAAAAUACACAGAAUUUGCCGCACCGGGCAUUGCACAACCAUCCAGCAUGGCGGAACAUGCGGGAAUUUCGAGUGCUGAUAUUUUAAAGAAGUUUGCUCAAAAUGUUACCAAUCCGAGCACCAAAGAGCGACUGGAAAGUCUGAAUGAUGUGGCAAUAUGUUCAAGCAAACAAGAUUUACCAGAGAAUGCAGUGAAAGGAAUUCUGAAGUAUCUUGUCCAGGCAAUAGGAGCAUAUCAAGAUGCCAAGUCUAGGAGAGCUGUUCUGAAGAUAAUACAGAUAUUAACAAAAGCCUUUCCUGCAGUGGUUGUUAAGAAUACAGCUAUUGUACUUAGUUCAAAGUCUUCUCUGCAGACUAAUGUUGUAAAUGCAAGCCACAGUUUGUCAGGAGAGUCCUUGUUUGCAUUGGCAUGGGUCUGUGUUGUGUUGAAAGAAAUCUACCGUAACAAAGCUCAAGUAUCAUCAGAUGACAUUAAACAACUUGUUUCAGUUCAGUGUGGAUUUGUAUAUGGAGCUCUAGCAGCAGGAAACAAGACCAUCAGCGGUGCUGUGUACAAGAAGAUGGUUCAUGUGUUCAAAAGUGAUGAUAAGGUGCCAGAAGAGUAUGGACAGAUGUUACAGAAUGUUGAACCCUCUAUGUUUAUUUUGUCUGCAGCCAGUGUACUCAUGAAAUAUUUCUACAACAAAAGAAAUCAGGACUUGAUUACUAAGUUCAAGGGUCCAUUCCUGGAGAUUUUUGUGAAGCAGUUACUUGGAAGUAGAACUAAGCCACAAAUACAGUUACUUGUCAGUUGUAAGGAUAUUUUAAGACACUGCAGUCAUGAGGACAUGAAAGGACAAAUUCUACCAGCAGCACAGAAAUCUAUGCUAAGGAAUCCUGAAGUUAUAUUAGAGAGUAUUGAUUACCUGAUGUCAGGACUGUCUCUAGAUUUAGGUCAAUAUGUUACUGAUCUGUCCAAGAUUAUUGGUACACAAUUUGGAUCCAAGGAGGAGAAUACCAGACAAGAGGCUGCACAUGCAUUCAAGAGCUUAGCUGAACAAUGUAGUGAUCAUGAAGCUGUAGAAAAGAUUGUUACACAUUUGUUUGCUGUCUUGAAUGGUUCAGAAGGAAAACUAAGCAUGGCUGACCAGAGAAUCAGUGUCCUCCAGGCCAUUGGAAAUGUAAGCAAGAAUGCAGUCAGUGGUGCUAAUACUCUACAGAACCUGAGUACCAAUGUAUCGGAGAAUUUUCUUACCUUACUUCAGUCAGAAGUCCAUGAAGGUACAUUGGUCCAUGCAUUACAGAUGCUUUCUCUAUGGUGUACAAAGUUCUACACAUGUGUACCAGAUAAACUGAUCCUGUGGUUUAAAAAAGGAUUAUCCUUGAAGACAUCAACAUCAGCUGUAAGGAAUGCUUAUCUACAAUGUAUGAAUGCUGCUUUCCAAGGAGAUACAAUACCCCAGGCUGUAGAUUUAAUUCCUAUGUUAAUCCAGACUGUAACCAAGGCCAGUGGACAAGCCAACCAAUCAAAUAUAGUAGCUGAAGGUGUGACAGCAUCUUGUUUGUUAGUCAAGCUCUCAUUGGUGGAUAUUCAAGCUGAAACUAAAUUGGGUCCAUUUUGGAGUGUAGUGUUAGAUGCACAAAAACAGCUGUUCAUUAAUGACAAAUUCCUGUCUCAGGCUGGAGAUGAUGUAUUGAUGAAUGUUGUAACCUUGUCUGAGAGGCUGAUCUUGGAAUAUCCACAGAAAAUGACAGAAACAAUAUCAAAACCAUACUAUGCAGCUAUCAUCUACUGUCUGACCCACAAAUCACGACCAGUGAGACACCAUACAGAAUUAACAACUAAGCGUCUGCUGUCUCUUCUGGGAGGAACAUCCAUCUCAUUAGCUCUUAUAGCAGAAUGUGAAGAAUUAUUAUCCAAUCAAAAGUUCAUAGAACCAGAAUUAUUUGAUACAGAGAAAGAAAGCUCUCUGGAACAACUGAAGUAUAUUAAACCAAUCAUACUAGCUAGAGCCGUCAUGACUGUUAGUUAUGUAGAGAAUGCAGAUGGUAAAGAUGCAGAAGCUAUAGCUAAGGCUUCUCUGGUCCCUGCACAUCAUCCAUGUAUAGUUUACGAGAACAAAGACACAUGGACAGAGAUUGUAGCCAAAUUAAAAUUAGAUGCCAAAAAUUUUGUCAGGAAACAUUUGUCAGAUUGUCUUAAAUUUGUGAUGACAGGAAAGGAACUAUCAGAGAGUAGCAAAAAUGCCUUCUCGUGUUUAGUUAGAAUAGCUCCAGAUAUAGUGCUGCCACCUAUGAUCCAGUAUGUAUCACGGUUAUUAGGCAAUGCAGAACUGACAGUAAUCACAAGAGAGGAAUAUGGUAUUUUUCUAACUCCUGAUGGAGAGCUAUUUGAUAAAUCUAUGUUAGAAAAAUUUGAGAAAAAUGAUGAUAGCAAGCAGGCAAAUAUUAAAAGAGAAAAUAAACUGUACUCCUAUGCUGAACAAAUGGCUGAAAUAGAACUAAGAAAAGAACUUGACAAGAAGAAAGGAAAAUCUGUAAAGGAAACUAAACCAAAGUUAACUAAGAAGCAAGAAGAAAUGUUAGAGGCUCAGAGAGAAAAGGAAUCAAAGAUCAGAUCCAGGCUAACAGAGCUGAACCAAGAGUUGUGCUGUGGAUGUCAGAUAUUAGAGGCAGCUUUAACCGGUGACAAACAGUCACUUUGUAGAUACAUGAAGGACUUAUGUAAACUCAUUGUACCCUUGUUACAAUCCCCCCUAGCUGCUCCCCAGGUCAGCCAGGUAUUCCUAGACUUAGGUCAGGCCUCAUUUGAUGACAAACAGUUAGGAAAUUUGGUCAGUAAUGUGACAUUGAGAUUACAGAAACCAGAAUCAGAAGUAAACUCUGAAUGGACAAAAGAAUCACCAGCCGAACAAGGAACCAGAGUUGUCAACUGUUUAUAUGCCUUGUCCAUAUCUGAUAAUGAUGAUAAUGAUGAUGAAAACAAACUUUUCCCAGCAUUCACUUUUACAUUCUUUUACUAUUUAUUAAGUUGUGUACUAAGAAGUGGCGGUGAAGUGGUUGCAAAGGACAUAGAACCACAGUCAAAAGCAAUAGUACUGAUCUCGGCUCACUCAGAAAUGAGAAGUACAGAUGGUUCUGAUAGUGAUCCAUCUCUGCUACCACAAGAACAAAUGUUGAAAUUAUUAUUACAAGUCAUUACAACAAGUGUAUCAAAAUUACAACAAAUGGCAAGUGUAGGACUAACAGAAGUUGCUGAGAGUAUUUCUGGUGAGGAUGGGUGUGCCAAGGCUACUCCAGAGGAAAUUAACAUAUUACUUGAUGCACUGAUGUCCCCGUGUACAGCUGGUAGGGAUGCUGCUGUUCAAAGUUUGAAAUGUUUGUCGGGAACACUGCCUAAUAUCGAUGAUAAUUAUGAACUGGGAUUGAAAGUGGCACAGAGAGUGUGGGUGGCAUGUUUUGAUAAUGAUGAAAAUGUUCAGAAACUGGCAGAGGAACUGAGAGAGAAGCUGAUGUUAGAGGAACCUUAUGAAGACAUGUGUACUCCCUUAGCUGCUGAUGUUGUUUAUCCUGAGGAAACUAUCCAGAGGGCAGCCGCUAAAGCACUACAUAAAACCCUGAGUCACCACCCAGAGUACAUCACAGCUACAAUAGCAGAACUCAAAGAUAAAUAUAAUGAAAAAUUAUAUCUUCCCCCACCAGAACUGGACACAUUUGGUCGUGUAAUAGGAGAGCCACCACCAGAUAAUUAUCAGUCCAGAAGUGGUAUUGCAUAUGCCAUGGAGAGUAUAGCUCCACUGGUACCCCAGGAUCAAAUAGAAGAGUUGUUUUCUUUCUAUGUACCAGAUGCCUUAUCAGACAGGGCACCAGAAGUGAGGUCCCGUAUGAGGGAAGCUGCAUUAGCUGUUAUAAAUACUCAUGGAAAGGAGAAUGUGAACAUAUUGUUACCAGUAUUUGAAGAUUUCCUGAGUAGUGCACCAGAUACCGCUGGUAACGAUGCAGUCAGACAGAGUAUUGUCAUCCUGAUGGGAUGUCUGGCUAAACAUUUAGAUAAAGACAAUCCGAAAAUCAAACCUAUUGUGGCUCAGUUAAUUGGUGCUUUAUCAACCCCUUCACAAGAGGUACAACAAUCUGUUGCUAACUGUUUACCUCCCCUUAUCCCUGGAAUUAGAAGUGAUGCUCCAGAACUGGUACAGAGACUGAUGCAGUUAUUACUAGACUCUGAUAAUUAUGGAGAAAGGAAGGGAGCAGCGUAUGGUUUGGCUGGGCUGGUCAGAGGUCUUGGUAUUACUGCUUUGAAACAACAAGAAAUCAUGUCCAGGCUAGAAGAUGCUGUUAAGGAUAAAAAGAAUCCCAGAAAACGAGAAGGUGCUUUGUUUGCCUAUGAGAUGUUAUGUACUAUGUUAGGCAAGUUAUUUGAACCUUAUGUUGUCCACAUAUUGCCACAUUUACUGCUGUGUUUUGGAGAUAGUAGCCAGUAUGUGAGAGAGGCAGCUGAUGAUACAGCAAGAGGUGUAAUGGGCAUGCUCACUGCACAUGGUGUUAAAUUAGUGCUACCAUCUUUACUUAAAGGGUUGGAAGAAGAUGCAUGGAGAACGAAAGCAGGCGCUGUAGAGUUACUGGGAGCUAUGGCCUACUGUGCACCGAAACAACUGUCUGCCUGUUUACCCAAUAUUGUACCAAAGUUAACUGAAGUAUUGACAGAUUCUCAUGUUAAAGUUCAGAAAGCAGGAGCUCAGGCUCUCAGACAGAUUGGUGAUGUUAUCAAAAAUCCUGAAAUUCAAGUAAUUGUACCAGUGCUACUAGAUGCUUUACAAGAUCCUGCUAAGAAGACGCUGAGAUGUCUCAAGUCACUACUAGAGACAAAGUUUGUACAUUUUAUUGAUGCUCCAUCUCUAGCUUUGAUCAUGCCUGUAGUGGAGAGAGCUUUCCAGGACAGACAGACAGAAACAAGGAAAAUGGCUGCUCAGAUUAUAGGGAAUAUGUCAUCACUGACAGAUCAAAAGGAUUUGGAUCCCUAUAUAGAGAAAUUGAUUCCAGGAUUGAAGCAGUCCUUAUUGGACCCUGUCCCAGAAGUAAGGACUGUAUCUGCAAAGGCCCUUGGUGCUAUGGUACGAGGUAUUGGUGGGGCUAAGUUUGAUGAAUUACUAAAAUGGCUGAUGGACACACUGAAAUCUGAGGCUAACUCUGUUGACAGAUCUGGUGCUGCUCAAGGUUUGGCUGAAGUUAUUGGUGGUUUAGGACAGAAGGAGUUGAACCGUUUGAUGCCUGGUAUUAUACAGACAGCUGAGAGAAUAGACAUCCCUCCAUUUGUCAGGGAUGGCUACAUCAUGUUGUACAUAUAUUUACCUUCUGUCUUCAAAGAUGAUUUCAUGGAGUACAUUGGACCCAUUAUUCCUUCCAUUUUACAGGCUUUAGCAGAUGAAUCAGAAUAUGUAAGAGAGACUGCCCUACUGGCUGGACAGAGAAUUAUAAACUUGUAUGCAGAUCAAUCUAUAGAAUUACUCUUACCAGAAUUAGAAAAAGGACUAUUUGAUGAUAAUUGGAGAAUUAGAUAUAGUUCUGUACAGUUGUUAGGAGAUCUAUUAUAUCGUAUUUCAGGUGUCACUGGUAAGAUGACUACAGAAACAGCUCAUGACGAUGACAACUUUGGAACAGAAACUUCUCAAAAGGCAAUUAUGAAGGCUUUAGGAAAGGAAAGACGAGCUCGUGUACUGGCAGGAUUGUACAUGGGUCGAUCUGACACAGCUCUACUUGUCCGCCAGUCAGCACUUCAUGUGUGGAAGAUCAUUGUGGCUCACACUCCACAGACAUUGAGAGAGAUCCUGGGAACAUUGUUUACUCUGUUGCUUGGAUGUUUAGCAAGUACCAGUCAUGACAAAAGACAGGUUGCUGCCAGAACAUUAGGAGACUUAGUUAAGAAGUUAGGUGAGAGAGUAUUACCAGAGAUUAUACCCAUCUUAGAACAUGGGCUGGACUCCGAUCAACCUGACCAGAGGCAAGGUGUCUGUAUUGGUCUGACAGAAAUCAUGGCAUCUACCAGCAGAGAUCAUGUGGCUGUGUAUGCUGAAAGCUUGAUUCCUACCGUGAGGAAAGCCUUGAUUGAUCCAUUACCUGCAGUGAGAGAUGCAGCAGCUCAUACAUUUGAAAAUCUCCAUGCUAAUAUUGGUCCUAGAGCACUUGAUGAGAUCUUACCUUAUCUACUGUCAAAACUGGAUGAUGAUGACUUAGCAGAGAGAGCUUUGGAUGGAUUACGACAAGUCAUGACAGUUAAAAGUUAUGUUGUUCUACCAUACUUGAUACCACAGCUAACAGCAUCACCAGUGAAUACAAAAGCUUUGUCAUUUUUGUCAUCAGUUGCUGGAGAAACAUUAACUAAAUACCUGAUUAAAAUACUUCCUGCAUUACUGUCAUCAUUAAGUGAGAAAUGGGAUACACCAGAGGAGGCUCAGGAGAUGGAGUACUGUAAAAGGGUGGUGUUAUCAGUGAAAGAUGAUACAGGUGUGAGAAUCAUAAUUACAGAACUCUUAUCAGCCUCUAGUCAGAAACAAGAAGACCUGUGUUGGGCAGCCAUUACAGUGCUUCAUCAGUUCUGUGAAUACACAGAUGUGGAUUAUUCAGAUUACAUGGUGCAAUUAUUCAGAGGACUUAUUGCACUGUUUAUUAGAAAAAAUAACAAAAUAUUACUGGCAUCAUGGGAGUGUCUGUCUGCAGUGACUAAGAAAAUAGAAGCCACAGAAAUGUUACAAUACAUAGCAGAUGUGAGACAAGCUGUUAAGUAUGCUGUGUCUGAUAUGGAGGGAUCAGAACUUCCAGGAUUUAGUAUUCCUAAAAAGGGAAUCACACCAGUCUUGCCAAUAUUUAGGGAAGGAAUCUUAAGCGGUACACAGGAACUGAAGGAACAGGCUGCUGUUGGUUUGGGAGAAUUAAUUGAUGUUACCAAUGCUGAAGCUCUAAAAGUUUCUGUUUUAAAUAUAACUGGUCCCCUGAUUCGUAUUCUUGGUGAUAGAUUUGUAUGGAGUUUGAAAGUUGCUGUAUUGGACACAUUAACUAAAUUACUGACUAAGGUUGGUGUGAUGUUAAAGCCAUUUUUGCCACAGUUACAGACAACAUUCUUAAAGGCAUUAAAUGACCCCCAGCGAUCAGUUAGACUGAAAGCUGCUUCAGCUUUAGGACAGUUGAUAAUCAUACAUGUACGAGUGGAUCCAUUAUUUACAGAAUUACUCAAUGGUAUUAAGAAUGCUACAGAAAGUGGAGUAAGAGACACAAUGCUUCAGGCAUUAAGAUUUUGUUUAACGGGUGCUGGUUCUAAGAUGGCUGAACCUUUAAAGAAACAAGCAAGCUCUGCUUUACUGAGCAUGCUCGGUAGCCAGGAAGAAACUACCAGAAGUGCAGCAUCAGCCUGUUUAGGGGCCAUGUGUGGGUCCCUCUCUGAUGUAGAUCUUACUGAUGUAAUGAUUAGCCAUUUGUUAGAUUCAGAUCCUAGUCAAGACUGGAUGGUAAAACAUGGUCAAGGAAUAGCAUUAGGUGUAGCUUUAAAGGAAUCAGCUGACAGAUUGUGUAAACAGUUUGAAGAUAAUAUUACUAAAACAGUACUGGAUUUAACUACAUCUGAUAGGAUUCCCUUAUGCCUCUGUGGAUACAGAUGUUUGGGAUAUCUUCUGAUAUAUCAACAGUCCAAAGGUCAACUGAAAACAGAACUACUAACUAGUCUGAUCAAGGGAAUGAAAAAUGAUUCAAAUGAUGUUAAACAGUUAGUGACACAGAUUAUCCCACACUUAUCCAGUGGGGGAAAUCUCACAGAUGAUAAUGUCAAACUUUUGAUUCCACCAUUAGUGAUGGGUACUAAAGAAAAGAAUACUGUUGUAAAAACUAACAGUGAAAUUGCUGUUGUUGCUGUACUCCAUCUUAGAAAAAAUGAAACCGUUCUAAAGAGUGUUUCUGGUAGCCUGGAUGCAGGGAUGAGAGAAUCAUUAAAUGAACUGGUUUAUAAAUCUCUUGUUAAAUUAUGUAAACAACCAGAACCAGCACUGGAAUCCAUUGAUGACACAGUCCUCAAAUAGCAUAAUGCUUUACAGUGUAAUAGGAUUAUUGACAAUUUUAUAAAUUUGUGUGAUUUGACAAAUUGUUUGUAUAUCUUACAUAUUUGUUUUAAGUUUAUAAUGUUUAAUUGAAAUUAUAUGAAAUUAUGCAGACCUUGGCCAAACAUUCAUUAUUUCUGAUUUAACAGAAUAAGGGGAAAGUUCACUAUGCAUGCUUAGAAUCAAACCAACAAGAUGUCAUCUAAAAAUAAAGUCAUUCUUUUUUCAGAAUAUGCUUUAAUAAAUAUUUCAGAAUUUGUAGACUUUUUUCGAGGUGUUAUAACUAGAAGUAUACAACCUUUUAUUUGGUUAAAAUGUCUGUAUUCUUCCAAUUGUGUAAAACGGAGCUCUUUCAUUAUCCCCAAAAAUUUUCUAGUGCUUUCUGGGUAUAGAAAUUUAAGAGUGAUAGCAUAUACAAUGUGGGAGUGUUAAUCUACUGCUGACCUCUGCAGGGGGUCUUCAAUAAAACAAAUAUGGAAAUUUCAAACUUACUUAUUGAAAAGAUUGCGUACCAUAUUGAUUCCAUACCUGAAUAACAUGGUAAGUUUUGCCUAAACGUAGCACACUAUAUGAUCUCCCAAAUCUAUAGUUCAAAGUCCGAACUUCCAGUAAAAGUGUAAUGGAAUUAAAUCCUGAUUUUUAUAAAGCUAAUUGAAGAAUAAAUAUAUGUUUCAUUACAGAUAAGUGCUAUAUGUACAUUAUUUAUAUUGUUUAAGGUUUCUAAACAGACUCUCAAAUACCAGAGUCAGUGUUAAUUUAUAAAUAAGCUUUGUUAAUACAAUAAAAGUCUUCUAACAAAUCAACAGUAUUUAUUCCUGUCUGGGUAAGUUUGCCAUCAGUAGUAUUUUUUAUUGGUUGGAACACAAAAGAUUUAGAGAUAUUUGCCAACAAAAAAUGUUUCAUAUUUGUUAGCUGGCUUUAAAUGAAUAUAUAAAAAAAAAAUUUGCAUGCAAAAUCUCCACAUUUAUGAUAACUUCAUGUCAUGGUCAAAAACUAGCUAUUAACCAGGUCUUUGUAUGGGCUUGUCCAGAAAUAAACGUAGUGAGGGGUCAAAAGGCACUUUUUAUUUAACCCCCACCAUGAAUAAAAUUUAAAUUGAUUAUUUCAUAUAAUUGUUAAGGCUAUCUGUCUAAAAUAACCACCCCAAUCAAUUUUUAUUAAAAGUACAAUUUAAUUGUUCUUGUCUAAAGUACACUUUGAAUGAAAGACUUCAUAUAACUAACAAGAUGUUAAAUAUGCCAUACAUGUACAUUUUAUUUUGGUUAGUUGGAUUAUAAACAGACUAACUGUUAUUUAUUUCUGCUAAUGUAUCAUGAAUGUAAAUACAUGUAUCCACAAAUUCAAUUAUAAUUUAAAAAGCAACAUGUUUGUGUCGGUGUAAUUGAAGUAACUUUAACCAUGGAGUUGAUUUAAUUUUGUUCAUUAUUAAUAUUUUAUAAUAUGAAAAACUGAAAGUCAAAAAUUAUUUAAUAUGGUUUGAAGUAAACGUGGAGCUUUUGGAAUUGGCAAUGUUUCAGUUAUAAAAUUUGGUGGUUUUUUUUUCUUCAAAAUUGAAACUGUAUACUACAUGUAAUACACUUCUCUUAUAGUUCUUGAUCAUUCAAUAUUUAACUUUCUAAAUAGUUGGUUUAUUUGAUAUUGUUUUUGAGUUAUAAUAUACCUAUAUCAGAACAUGAUAAGUUCUGUAUUAAAGAAAUUGAUUUGAA